AUGGCGGAUGUUGAAUCACUGUUCGAUUUUAUUCACAUGGAAAUCGUAGCUUAUUUCCUCAAUAAACCGGGAAAAAAUAUCGACGUAAGUGUAUUUACAACUUUAAAAUUGGUCGUUGAAUAGCUGCUUAUAAAAAAAUAUGCGUUAAUCAUAUGUGUAUUCGAGAAAUUUGCUUUGCAAAGGUAUGAAAGCUCAUUAUUGACAUUAGCUUUAGCUUUAGUAAGUGCGGCUUGUUCUUGUAGAAUGAUGUUAUUCAAAACCUUGAGAGACUUGGUUUCAGCGUUGGACAAAGACUAGUUGAAAGGUAAGAGAGAGGAAUGACCACUUGUCGUUUAAGUUUGCUGUUAGACAUACAGCAGAUUUGCUAUAAAGUGACAUCUAACAUAUUUAACUCAGCUUUGGAAGCAGUCGUCCGCUUAUUUCAUAAGACCACUUUUAACAGGAUACAUAUGUACAUUUUUUCGUUAGGUUUACUAAAGAUUCUCCCCGCUUUAAGGACGAGUUAGAGAUAAUGAAAUACAUCUGUAAAGAUUUCUGGACAGCGGUUUAUAAAAAGCAAAUUGAUAAUUUAAGAACCAACCAUCAGGUAUGUAUCUGAUUAAUAGACCAUAUCACUUGUUUGUUUUGUUGCUUCAUUGCAACUAAGGUGAAAUUCUCAAGACAUUGGAUCCUUUGUCUUGUUGGAAAGAAAGGGUGCUUUCCAUCAACAAAAAAUUUGGGUUUGAAAUUUUGAAAAUUCCAGGUGCCCAAUGGAACAGUAUAUUAUGGUUCCACAGACCCGAGCCAAGGUACUGCGCGUUUGGUUAUUGCACUUGUUUCCAGGAUACAAAAGAGCAGUACUUGGGACAACAGUUUUGUCAAAUGGAAUUACAGACAUUUCAGUUUGACCUUCUGAAAUGACCAGACUGGUCAAGUUAAAGUGGACCACUUUCAAAGGUGAUCCUAAUUAUUUUGGUCGAACCAAACUGGAAUGGUCCAUUCCAUUUGAUUUCUAACCAAAAUUUCCAGAAUUUUGGUCUGAAUAAAAGGUGCCCAAAGAGUGCAUGAAUCGAUGAAUAUGCCCCCUUGAGUAUUGCCACCUGUUCUACAUUGCAAUAGCAAAACAAAUCAAUGAAAAAGGUAUAUAAAACUUGUUUGCCAUUGUUUUAAAUGUAAUGUGGUUCAAGAGUCCAAAGGAUUAGUGAAACUCUAUUCAAUUGCCCUGACACUGACCACGCAGAAAUCUCCCUUAGGGGUCGGUUUAGGCUUGAGCCACACCCACAUCCCGGUCACUUUUAUAUGGGAGUUCCCCCUUCCUCCCGCCUCUGGCAUACAGCCCUGCAGACUUCUUGGGGGUGGCCACUGAAUUUUACUGUCUUGCCUUUAGCCUUUUUUCUAGGUUUCAUUUUACAUCAUUAAACAGUAUCAUCAUGUCCCAUUUAAGGAAAUUAUUAAAUUCCAAAUUGUCUGGCCAUUUUUAGGCAUAAGCAGUGCAUAAUUUUAGCCUUUUACUUGUAAUGAGUUGAUUAUGUUCUACUUGGAUGGUUGUCAAAUCACAUGAACAUUCUACAUUAUUAUACAUCUCAUCUUUUUUCAAUCUGUUAACUGAAUAGAUGAAGUCCUAGUACAAAAAAAGGCUCUACCUGCAAAUGAUGCUUUACCCUUUAUACACUCUGUCAUCUUGUUUGAUAACCAGUCUUAACAGCCACUGAAACUUACACUGGAUUGAACAGCGAAGAUUUUGUUUUAACUUCUCUUGUCUUUUUGUGAAGGGUACAUAUGUACUUCAGGAUAAUAACUUCCAGUUGUUAACUCAAAUGUCAGAUGGGAAACAGUACACUGAGGAGGCUCGUAAGGUUUGUAGAUAUUUUACGCGUCUUAAAUUUUUAAUUUAUUUACCGGUAGUGUGAUUAGAAAAUAGAAGUGGAAAAAAAUGCUAAAGACAAACUACAAAGAUUGCACAUUUCACUGACUUCAAAGUUCCUUGAAUGUUGAACUUGGAAAAAAACAGCUAUUUCUUCAUGUUGAAAAGAAUAUAAAAGACUAUUAUAAGCAUAUUUUGUUUGGGACAACAUUAUUGGCACAUGUGCCUGAAAGCUUUUCUCUCAGUGCUGAGUAGCUUAGUUUAAUUUUCUAGAACUUUUCUUUCAGUUAAUUGUUGAUGUACAGUAUGAGCAGUCAAGGCCUUUCUGUUAUCUUUUUUGUGACACCUGUUUGUCAUUUAGUGACAACGCUGAAAUUUUUGAAGUGAUGUUAAAAGUUUGCCACAUAUCAUGUAUGUUGCUGAAGAUUCUUAAAAUAGACUCAUCUACCUCUGAAAAAACAACAGUAUUUCAUGUGUCAUGAUUCUCAAAGAAGAGAGAAAGAACCAAGUGUGUCUGUUCCGUUUCAGUUCUUGGCCUUCCCAUGUGGUCUUAUUCGAGGAGCGCUGUCAAACUUUGGCCUUACUUGCUCAGUCAGUGCUGAUGUUCUCUCUAUGCCUAAAUGUAUGUAUGAUUGCAACACGUAA